CCAAGAGCUGACGUGUGCAGAAGUCCUUCUUGUUCUGGUCGUUGUUCCCGUCUGAGUACCAGCUCCCCAUUGCCCUGAGGGCGAGCGGGCCUGCAGCAGAGGCAAGAAGGAGGAGGAGAAGGAAAUUGUCCCGGAUCCCUGCAGUCUUUCCGUAGGUUGAGGCACUACACCAGGCUAGAGAAGAGGAAGGAAAUUAACCCCGAUCGGUGAAGGUCGAUUUGAGGGUCUGCUGUAGCAGGUGGCACCACUUGAAGAGAGGGAGGAAGUUUCCUCAGAUCAGUAGAGGUCCGCCUCCAGAAUCAGCUGUUGUGGCCUUGAAGUGGCUGAAGACAGUCAUCCUCCGAAGGCCUGCACCCAGGCCAGGCCCAUAGCCCUCCUCCCCCAGCCUGUGACUACUCUGUUCCUUGGUCCCUGAUAUCGUCAGGGACGAUUGCAUGGGCUACGCCAGGAAAGUAGGCUGGGUGACUGCAGGACUGGUGAUUGGGGCUGGUGCCUGCUAUUGCAUUUAUAGACUGACCAGGGGAAGAAAACAGAACAAGGAGAAAAUGGCUGAGGGCGGGUCUGGGGAUGUGGAUGAUGUUGGGGACUGUCCUGGGGCCAGGUACAAUGACUGGUCUGAUGAUGAUGAUGACAACAGUGAGAACAAAGGUAUAGUAUGGUACCCACCUUGGGCCCGGAUUGGGACUGAGGCUGGGACCAGAGCUAGGGCCAGGGCAAGGGCCAGGGCUACCCGGGCCCGUCGGGCCGUGCAGAAAAGGGCUUCCCCCAAUUCAGAUGAUACUAUUUUGUCCCCCCAAGAAUUGCAAAAAGUUCUUUGCUUGGUUGAGAUGUCUGAAAAGCCUUAUAUUCUCGAAGCAGCUUUAAUUGCCCUGGGUAACAAUGCUGCUUACGCAUUUAACAGAGAUAUUAUUCGUGAUCUGGGUGGUCUCCCAAUUGUUGCAAAGAUUCUCAAUACUCGGGAUCCCAUAGUUAAGGAAAAGGCUUUAAUUGUCCUAAAUAACUUGAGUGUGAAUGCUGAAAAUCAGCGCAGGCUUAAGAUAUACAUGAAUCAAGUGUGUGAUGACACAAUCACUUCUCGCUUGAACUCAUCUGUGCAGCUGGCGGGACUAAGAUUGCUUACGAACAUGACUGUUACUAAUGAGUAUCAGCACAUGCUUGCUAAUUCCAUUUCAGACUUUUUUCGUUUAUUUUCAGCAGGAAAUGAAGAAACCAAAUUUCAGGUUUUGAAACUCCUUUUGAAUUUGGCUGAAAAUCCAGCCAUGACUAGAGAACUGCUCAGGGCCCAAGUACCAUCUUCACUGGGUUCCCUCUUUAAUAAGAAGGAGAACAAAGAGGUGAUUCUUAAACUUCUGGUCAUAUUUGAGAACAUAAAUGACAAUUUUAAAUGGGAGGAAAAUGAACCUACUCAGAAUCAGUUCAGCGAAGGUUCACUUUUUUUCUUUUUGAAAGAAUUUCAAGUGUGUGCUGAUAAGAUUCUGGGGAUAGAAAGCCAUCAUGAUUUUUUGGUGAAAGUAAAAGUUGGAAAAUUCAUGGCCAAACUGGCUGAGCAUAUGUUCCCAAAGAGCCAGGAAUAACUUCUUGAUUUUGUAGUUUAGAAGCAACACACAUUGUAAACUAUUCCUUUUCUCCACCUUGUUUAUAUGGUAAAGGAAUCCUUUCAGCUGCCAAUUUUGAGUAAUGAAUAUCAUAUUGUAUCAUCAACGCUGAUAUUUAUCUGAGUUGGUCUUCAGGUCUAAGUUGGAUGAAUGAAUAUCACUACCUGUUCUGAAAACAAGUUUGUUGCUUUUUAUCUCACUGCCUAGAUUGAAAUAUUUUUACUAUUUCUUCUGCAUAAGUGACAGUGAACCAAUUCGUCAUAAAUAAGCUCCCUCCUGUCAUGGGCAUUGACUUAAUUUGUGUAUCAUCAAUAAAGUUGUGUGUUAAUGCUGGGAAAAAAAGAAAGAAGGAAA